AUGCGCUACUCCUACACUCUUCUCGCCUUUGCCGUCACGGCUCUGGCACUCCCUACAGCCAAGCCCGCCGAUGACGGCAAGUGGGCUCCCGGCAAGUACGAAGGCAAGGGCACUGGCUUCGACGAUGGCAAGUGGACUCCUGAAAAGUACGACAAGAGGAACGACGACGGCUCCUGGCACCCUGGGAAGUACGAAGGCGAGGGUACCGGUCACGAUGAUGGCAAGUGGACCCCUACCAAGUACCCCAGCGGAAAGCCCAAGACCAAGAGGAACGACGAUGGCUCUUGGAAGCCUGGAAAGUACGAGGGCGAUGGCACCAACUUUGACGAUGGCAAGUGGACGCCUGAGAAGUAUGACAAGCGCAACGACGAUGGUUCAUGGAAGCCCGGCAAGUAUGAGGGCGAGGGAACCGGUUUCGACGACGGAAAGUGGACUCCUACCAAGUACGACAAGAACCACAAGCGCAACGAUGACGGUAACUGGCACCCUGGCAAGUAUGAGGGUGAAGGCACCGGCUUUGAUGAUGGCAAGUGGACUCCUGAGAAGUACGACAAGCACCACAAGAGGAACGAUGACGGCUCUUGGCACCCCGGCAAGUACGAGGGUGAGGGAACUGGUCACGAUGACGGAAAAUGGACUCCUGAGAAGUACGAUAAGAAGAAC